UUCCUCUUCCUGUAAAGACGCACAGAGAGACAAACAGAGACGCUGCAUGUGAGAGCUUUUCACAUUCACUUCAGGACAUUACCACAUCAGCAGCCAUGAUUCUCAUGAGCUUCAUGUUUCUGCUCGCCGCGGCGGUGAACCCAGCUCAGAGUCAAGAAAUACAAGAGAUCAAAUCAGAUGGUGUCAUUAUCCUUUGCUCUGGAGGUGAAUCUGCUGUUGAAGUCAAGUGGUUUAAGGACAACAACAACAAAGAAGAAGAAAUUAAAGGCCAUAGCAAUUUAACCUAUGAAGUUAAAGCUGAUCAGGGAAUAGUUAAAGGAUUCUACAGAUGUGAAUAUGAAAAGACAGAUUCAAAUGCAAAAAUAAAGUAUGUGUUCUUCCUCAGAGUACAAGUCUGUGAGAACUGCUAUGAGUUGAGCAGGUUGAAGGCAGCGGCCGUCAUACUCGGAGAUGUACUGUUUACAGGAGGAGUUAUUUUCAUCAUCUACAGGUUUACUACCAAGAACUCUGGCGGCACACAGAAGAGAGCAUCAAACUCCCGAGCAGUAAACCCUCCUCCGCCUCCAAACCCUGACUAUGCGCCUCUGGAUCCAAAGACGCGGAACAAUGCUGUUUACUCAGGAAUCAGAUAGAUGCUGUUCGGACCAGUUUUACUGUAAAUCAAACUCUGGUGAUUCAUAGUGUUUCUUAAACGUUUGUUCCACAGUAAAGGGUUAUAUAUUCUUCAUGUUGAUGUGAGUUUUGUGAGAUUGUGACUCACAGAUCAGUGUUUUGUGUGCGGAAAGUUGUGCUGAGAAACAUCGGAAACUCAUGAUGGAAACAUCAGCAUGUCAAGCACUGAACAAACACUGCUGUCAUCUGUGCUUUCUGUUAGGAGACCGUGUGCCUUCACGCUUUUAUGUUCCUAAUCUUGUUAUUUUCACAGUUCAGAAGAAUUUGUCAUGUUCUGAUGUGCAAGUGUCUCGUUUUUUUUUUAUCUUAGACUUUUAUCUGGUACAGAAUUAUUUAAAUCAACAGCUGAAUGAACUAAGUUGAGGUUUUAAUGAUGCAGCUGCUGCACUGAGAAAAUACAAAUGAAAAAUAAAGGUGAUUUUCUGUAA